CUCUUUUCCAUCUUACAUUGGUUUUAUGUUCACCUCCACUACAGUCACCUCCGUUCUUACAGUCCUUUAGCAGAAAGCCACUCCUCCGUUCCUUCCACCCACCCACACGCAGGUUUAGCGUGCAGCUCGGUCUGCUGCACAGAGGAAGACAGCUGAGGCAGGAUGAGACUCUGAGCACGCGACCACCGCUCUCAAGGCAGGAUGGAGAUGUGGCUCAAAAGCGCAAUUGUUGCGUUGCUAACAGUGGCAGGAGCAGCCCUGGUGGUUCCAAGAGAGCACAAUAUAUAUCUGAAUACAAGAGAAAACAAAGUACAUGUCCCUUUGGGUUCUUCUCUGACUUUACACUGCUGUAUACCACUCAACAAAUCAGACAGGUGUCGGGUCAACUAUGUUUUCGAAGAAUUUAACCAAACUCACAAGAACCCAAAAUCCAUCUGUUGUAAUACCACAGAUUCAACAAAUUGCAACUCCAGCACAGAUGGAUGCCAAAGUACAUGCAAGUUAUUUGAUAUUAGUGAAAGAAAAAAUGGAUCUUACUAUUGUGAAGUCACAGUAGAGAUUCCUGUUCUAAUUCAAGCUCGCAGCAACAAAACAGAAGUAGUAUUGGAGAACUUUAUGGAAAAAACAGCGGUUCAGUCACAAACGACGAAAAGCCAAGUUACCAGCCAAAAGGAAGAAAAUGACCAGAAUGAGAACUUGUGGAUGUGGAUCGCCGUGGGGGCGUCAUCUUUUGUCCUUGUCAUGACUGUCCUGCUGGUCAUCUGUGUUGUGCAGAAAAGGGGAUGCAGCAGAAGCAUAGAAGAGCCCGUCUACGUAAACACCCGGAUGGGCAAGCAGUCGCCCCGGCCGAUGCUUGCGGACAACCCGAAGUCAGCUUCCUCCUGUCAGGACUUGCGGACGCCGAUCUCUGCCCGGAGGUACGAGGGCAGAAACCAGAGAUACAAAUACUGAAGAUCCCGCGGACCUGACAGGCCGACAGACUGACAUUAAUCAGUCAUUUCUGAUCCAGGCUUUUGUGCAAAGUUUAACCUUCUGUUAGUGAAGGAGAAGAGGCCUCUGUUGGCCACCAGAUGACGCACUUUGAUGCUUUUAUGAACUUCAAAACUUUUUUGCAUUUUUUAUUAUUUUUACCUCUCAGCCUCUGUGUGCAUGAUCACAUUGUAAAUAUGUUUUGCAUGUUAAGUGAACAAAGCAAUGAGUUAUAUACAGAUCUAAUUAUUAGAUUUUUUUUUACUGUCACAUUUUAUAUUAAAGUUAUUAAAGUUGAUAUUUUUCUGC